AGAAACACUUCUCACGAUUCGAUUUCUUAUCGAGCUAUUUUGGGGGAUAUGAGAGGGUUUUCGUCUGUUGCUUCCCGAGCAUCUAUAGUGAGCAGAGAUUUAAGCGAAGGAAUCUGCAAAUCGAGCUCCAACGGCGACAGACAGGUUUAUGGAAGAACAGUAGUGGCCCCCGUUCAAAAACAACCCAGUUCAGAAACUUCACUUAGAGGCAAGUCUUCUUCAUUCAAUCCUUCCCAAAUACCUGACUCUCAAUUCUCAGUGAUUUCAACUGGAAGAAGCAUUUCUGGUGAUAGGCGCGAGAUAUCAACUAUAACGGUCGAUCAUCAGUACUUCUGUAAAAUACUUGAUAGAAAGGAUUGGUUUAUCUUGCUAAAUCACGAGUUCAAAUACACGAAGACCAAUCUCACUCCACAGUUUGUUGUGAGAAUCUUGCAGCAUCAGGAAAACCCAUUACACUCACUCAAAUUUUACAUCUGGGUUUCAAAUUUCAAGGAGACACUGGUGAAUUAUCAAUUGGGUCGGAGAGUUUUGGCUUAUGCUCUGUAUCGUAAGGGUCCCGUAGUGUUGUCUGUUGAUUUGCUUCGAGAGAUUAAAAACUCUGGGUGUCGGGUUUCUGAGGACCUGCUUUGUGUUUUAAUUGGUAGUUGGGGAAGGUUAGGGCUUGCCAAGUAUUGUGCUGAAGUUUUUGGGCAGAUUUCACUACUGGGUCUUACUCCAACUACUCGAUUAUACAAUUCACUUAUUGAUGCAUUAGUGAAAUCCAAUUCCCUUGAUUUAGCUUAUCUCAAAUUCCAGCAGAUGCCCCUUGAUAACUGCAUCCCUGACAGAUUCACAUAUAACAUUCUCAUCCAUGGGGUCUGCAGGAUUGGAAUUGUUGAUGAAGCUCUUCGUCUCGUUAAGCAGAUGGAGGGCUUGGGUUAUUCCCCUAAUGUGUUCACCUACACGAUCCUCAUUGAUGGGUUCUGUACCGCAAAAAGGGUGGAUGAUGCCUUUCAUGUUUUGGAGAUGAUGAGGCAGAGGAAUGUGAGCCCUAGUGAAGCCACAUUUAGGUCAUUGGUUCAUGGUGUCUUUCGAUGUUCAGACGUGCAUAAAGCAUAUGAGAUGUUACUGAAAUUUUUAGAAAGCAAGCCUAUUUUGUGCAAGCAAUCUUGUGAUGCCGUACUGGAUUGCCUUUCCAAGAAUUCUAUGCCAACAGAGUCCAUGGAGUUCUUAAGAAAGAUGGGACAAAAGGGUUAUCUUCCAGACAGUUCAACAUUUAACAUUGUGAUGUCUUGCUUGAUGAAGGGUGUGGAUCUGAACGAGGCUUGCAAGAUACAGGAUGGUUUUGUUGGGAGAGGUGGGAAGCCGUGUUUCAACACUUAUCUCAUGCUUAUUGAAGUUUUGUACAAGGCAGGAAGAACUAAUGAAGGGGACAGAUUUUUAAAUCAGAUGGAGCGGGAUGGACUAGUAUCGACUGUAUCUUCAUAUAACAUGUUGAUCGAUUGCUUUGCCAAAGCCAAAAUGAUGGACAAAGCAUCACAGAAAUUUGGAGAUAUGAUUCAAAGAGGUGUUGCUCCUAAUCUUGUUACUUUUAAUACCCUUAUUGAUGGUCAUUGCAAAGUUAGGGAGGUAGGUAAGGCUAGAGAACUGUUGAAGAUGCUAUUAGACUGUGGUUUUAAACCUGAUAUCUUCACCUUUAGUUCAAUAAUUGAUGGUCUUUGUCGGGUCCACCAGAUGGAAGAUGCUUUUGGUUGUUUUGAUGAGAUGGUUGAAUGGGGUGUUUCUCCAAAUGCUGUCACAUAUAACAUCCUGAUUCGGUCUCUCUGUUUUGUUGGGGAUGUUGCUAAAGCGAUGAAGUUAUUGAGAAAGAUGAAAGAUGCUGGAAUAAACCCAGAUGUGUUUUCUUUCAAUGCUCUCAUUCUAAGCCUUUGUAGGAUGAAGAAAAUUGAAAAUGCACAAAGGCUUUUUGUUUCCAUGUUGAGAGUGGGCCUGACACCUGACAAACUUACGUAUAAUGCUUUUAUUAAGGCAUCAUGUGAAUCAGGAAGAGUCGAUGAGGCUAGACAGAUGCUUCUCACCAUGGAAUACAGUGGAUGUUCUCCAGAUUCUUAUUUGUACACACCAAUUAUAGAAUCUCUAACCCAUUUGGGUCGCUUGGAGGAGGCCCAUGAUUUAAUCAACAAAAAUGGAAGAGAAACUCUUAACGAAAUCCAUUCCUGAUUCAUAGGAUGAAGUUGAUACAGUGCCUGUGUGUUUGACUUGUCCGUUCCUGCUAUUUUCCUCCUACGAAUACCAUUCCUAAUUCAUAGAAGUUCAUACAGUGCACGUGGUUGUCUCAUCUGUUCCUGCUGUUUAGAGGAUUUGGCACAUGGAAAACCAUUAUCAGGCACCAGGUUUAUGUCCUUUCCGCCACUUUUUUUGAAGCAUGUGAGAAGGCGACUGCUAGCAACCUGAUAGUUCAAUCCAGAAGGAAAAAAAGACUGUUUACUGAUGGGACUAAGGGACGAGAUGAAAUAGAUCUUUGGCUUUCGAGUAUUCACCUCCUUCCCUUGUCAGGCCUUCUCGUCGAGAGAGUCCGGUGUUAUUCCAGUUCCUGCUGUAAGCCUAAGCCUAAUAAGGUUCUUUAUUCCUUUUCAUUUUCCCUAAAGUCCAAGGGCUGCUGCUGGAUCUUGAAGAGUUUAAAAGCGAGAAAGUUUAUUAGUCUUGGGUCCAGGAACCAUCUCUGCUUCCGGAAGUCAUUGUCACAAUGUUAAGCACUUCUUUGUCACUUUAAUAUGGAUCAUCAUGUUUCUCCUGAUUCGGCAUCUCGUCAUUUGAGCCCACCGCCUUCAAGUUGGUUGAAGGUUACUGUUGAUGUUGCGGUACUAAAUUCCACUAUUGCAACUGAUCAAUUAGUUAGGGACCAGACUGAUUGAAGGUUUUGUCGCAUGAUAAUCUGUGCUAUUCAGCUUUUCCACUGGAAGAGGUUGUCUUUGAGGCAUUGGCGUUCUGUGAUAGUCUGAAGUUGUUCUUGGAUAGGGGAUGCCUUCUCAAGAUGCAUCACGGAUGGUUGUUUUCUAUUUAAUUUUUUACUGAGAUCCAUGCUGAAUGUGUCUUGUUCGUUGAACAAGGCUGCCAAUGAUUUGGCUUGGUUUACUGUUAGAGGAGGAUGAAAUUAGUGUUGGAUUGAUAAUUUCCAUCCUUUUGUUUCAGGUUUAGUGGAGUGUGAAUCUCGAAAAUUGUAAUUGAAUUCAAUGAAAAUGUACACUGCCAAUAGUACUCAUCCU